AUGCCCAACACAAUCCGCGAUGACAUUCACCGCGUUGACAAAACCUCGUAUGACUAUAUCUUUGAGGAGAAUGUGACUGUUCAACUAAAAGAUAACCGCGGCAUUGUGAGGAUCAACGUAUAUCGACCAAAGGCAGCAAAUGCCAAGUUUCCUGUGUUGGUAACAUAUGGGCCUUACGGCAAGGAUAUCCACUACGGCGAUUUUCAUGCUAAGUCUUUCGGUGAAGUUCCCGAAGAACAGCACUCUGCACAUUCUGCUUGGGAGACCCCAGAUCCAGGCUUCUGGACGAAGCAUGGAUACGCGGUCGUCCGAGGAGAUGAGGUCGGUCUUGGCCAAUCUCCAGGAGAGCUCAACACCAUGUCCCGCGAUACCAGUCUGGCCUUCAAGGAUCUAAUAGAAUGGUCCACGGACCAGCCUUGGUCAUCUGGCAAGAUUGGGCUCCUAGGAGUGAGCUAUUAUGCAGGUAGCCAAUGGCGAGUUGCCGCACGGCAGCCAAAAGGCCUCGCUUGUAUUAUACCUUGGGAGGGUAUGUCAGACUAUUAUCGAGACCGCUGCAGACAUGGAGGUAUAUUAUCUAACGCUUUCAUUGAUUUCUGGUGGAACCGUCAGGUCAUAACGAAUCAAUAUGGUAGGCCAGGGAGAGCUGCCAGAAACUGGGGUCCGGAUACCCUCGACGGUGAUCUGACGAAGGAAGAGUUGAAGAGCUCUUGUCGAGACCAAACUAUCGACAACGUGAACAAUCGCUUCCUUGACGAUGACUACUAUGCAUCCAAGAGUUUCGAUUUGAAGGACAUUCAGGUGCCCUUACUUUCUGUGGCAAAUUGGGGUGGUAUUCAUCUCCACUUGCGAGGAAACAUUGAAGGCUUCAUGUACGCUGGGUCGAAGCUUAAAUAUUUGCGCUUUGCGACUGGAAGGCAUGACAUGCCCUUCUAUACGAAAAAUUCAGUGGAGCUGCAGAAAAGCUUUCUCGAUGCAUUCUUGAAAGGCCAUGAUGUUGUCGGGUGGUCCACAGGUGAGGCACCGAGAAUUGACGUGGUUAUUCGAAAAGGAAACCCCGGUGUCAAUAAUCCUGAAGCUGAGAAGACUUUCCCAACGAGGCUCGAGGCCGAAUGGCCAAUAGCUCGUACAAAAUACACAAAGUAUCACCUUGGGGUGAAUCUAUCUUUCGGAGAAGAAAUGGCGAAAUCUCAAACCACUGGGAAGCUUACUUAUCGGGCACCAUCUGGUCUCAACGAACAGCAUAGAGUCCAGUUUAAAACGGAGCCUGUCGAAAAGGAGAUCGAAUUCACUGGACAUAUUGUUGCUCAUCUAAAUGUCUCAACCAGCGCUCUGGAGUACGCAAGUGGACCAAGCGAGAUGGAUCUUUUCGUGACUCUCCGCCACCUUGACAAGGACAGAAAAGAAAUUUUCUAUACUGGGGCGGACGGUGAUGCCGUUCCCGUAUGCAAGGGGUGGCUUCGUGUAAGCAUGCGAGAGGUGAACUAUCGGAGUACGAGAAACACAUUCUGGCACCCUCAUCGCGAGUACCUGUCAACGGAGGUUUUACCUGUAGUUCCAGGCGAGAUCUACGCCGUCGAUAUAGAACUUUGGCCGACGAGUGUGGUUUUGACCCCUGGCGAGGCCCUUGUGUUUGAGGUGGCAUCUGGAGACACACAGGGCGCUGGAAGAUUUGAGCAUAACUCUCCAAUCGACCGGCCUCUUGAGAAACUCAGGGGUCUCAAUCACAUUCAUUUUGGCACUGGUCUAGAGAACUAUGUUCUCUUGCCAGUCAUUCCGGCGGCGACAUAG